CUUUGACCCGUGGUCACCACAGGAUUAAAGGAAAGCAAGAUGGUGGCGGAGGACAGGAGUUUCCCAGCGUUCCCCGCGAACACUUUCCCACGCCCCCUUCGGGAGGGUGACUCUCUAUACCAACCGCUCUCUACGGCUCCAUGGGGUAGGUUGGACCAAUCGAAUUCCGCCAAGGCGCAGAAUAGGGAGACGCAUAAUUUCCUAAGCCAAUAUACAAAAGACAAUUCAGGAUAUUGCUUUUUAGGCUCUUUUUUUGGCUUGAAUAUCCAGCCUGUAAUACUUUUCUAUCUAUGUCCCCUUCAUAACGCCCCCCGCCACUUUGGAUUCUUCCGAUCUGGACUGUCCAAUGAAACAGCGCCUUUCCCAGGAUUCCACCGGCGUUUUCUGGGCUAUCGCCUUCUCUGGAGGUCCUCGACUUCCGGUGCCCAGGAUAUCGGUGGCUCUUGCAGGGUCUUGCCUAUCAGCCUUGCUGCGUGUUUUUACAAGAUCCCUAGGCGGUUGAGUAGGAUGUUAGACCAGCUCGCAGCAUAUAUGAUUCUUUGCAUGGUUAACUCAGCAUCUUCAAUGCUGCAUACAGAAAAGAUAGCUGUGUGUGUCAGCCGAGUUUAAAAACACAUAGAAAGAAUGAAACCUUGGCAUGGAGAUGAAAAGAUUCAAGGAUUGUGUGAUUGAUACCAAUACUGAACCACAUAGAGGGGAGAGAGUAAAGCCAGGAACCAUGCCUGAAUCAACUGCCCUGGUUCUUGUAGCAAAAGAUGUGAACAGUGGCCCUCACCAAGAACAGCAGUCUUCCCCUGCCAUGAUGGUUGGCUAGUGAGCUGUGAGCCAAAGAGACUAGCACUAAGUACACAAGUCACAGUCUUGCAUCUGGCAAGAUGAAGGAAGCACUGCUCUUCCCUUUCAACCUUGGGACUACACUGGAUGUACUAUGUUCCCCACACUACCACCACCAUCCCUGCCCUGACUACUCCCAGCCUUUGGUCCCCUUUGAGGGACUUUAUAAGCACUGUAUUGUAAGUGGAAAACACAAUGUCUUAAAUAAAACUGUAUUUAAAAUUGGCAUAAAAAAAGAAAAUGGGUAGUUCAUGUUUUACAGUAGCAAUUAGCAAUCUGGUUUAUAAUGAUUUUCAUUUCUGUGUCCAUUGCACAACAGUGAACUAUUUGAGGACUGAGACAAUGUCUUAUUCAUAACAUUUAUGUCCCCAGAAGACAUAAAUAGAAAUAUUAUAGGUAGAAAGGAAAAUUACCUUAUCUACUCAUGUUUUUACUCCCCUUUAACUACAUAUAGCUUUUAUAUCUCCCUCAUUCCCAAUAUGCAUACAAAAUUUUAAGAAGUGCCACUGUUUACUUAAGAGCAAAAUAAUUACAUUAAAAGAUACUGUACAUCCUUCUAUGCUCACUCUUUGUAUCACCUCCUCAAUGUCUACAAUUGGGUGCCUGAUUCAAAACUAGUUCUGUCUUACAGACCUGGCCAUCUUGGAUGUGGGGUAUGAGAGUGGGAAUUGAAUAGUAACAGGAAGUCUCCUUUAGGUCUUGAGUCAAAAUUGUACAUGAUAGUCUAAUUUACUAGAGGGUUCAGCAUUGGGAAUUAGUGGGGAGUGGCUUAGAUAUAUAAGCAGUGAGGGACAAGUGACAAAUAAUAGCCUUUAGAGUAGUUUUACUUUUAGAGUAGUUUUUGUUUUGUUUUGCCCAGGGCACAAUGGUGAACAAAUACAUGGGAAGCCAGUUCAAGAAAGCCUUUUCAAAGAAAAGUAUAUUCUCCAAAUGAAAAAAAAAUGAGGAAAAAAAUGUACACAAUGAUAUUUCUACAAUAUAUCCUCUGGCAUAAUAAGCCAAAGUAGUUUCAAAUUUCUUGGUAAGUUUUAUUUUAGGAUGCAAGUAGUCGAAUAGGAAUUUCUUGUGGGCAAUAUAAGGAAAAUGAGUCUUCAUGAA